GUCUCCUUUUCUCUGAAUUAUUUUUAUUUUUAUUUUUGAAGCAGUCGAGUGGUAAGCACGUGCUAUCACAUGCACGUGGCCGCCCUCCAAGAUCGAAUUUUUGUCUAUCGAUACUUGGAUCCUUGAGUCGGUUAGCCCCUCACCCCAUUUUUAAGACAUCCAAGCUGGUGUUAUCCCUUCAAAAACCAGGUUCAUGUGAUAAAAAGAUCAAACCAGCUGAUAAGUGAGUUGUAUGCAUAUGGGCCACACCCUACCCUUGUGUCCCUUAGCACUAGACUCAAUUGAAUGACUUUACAAGCCAGCGACAAAUAAAGUGGUUCUUUAUGGGGGGUAUUGGAGCUUGUCAACCUAGGAAACUCAUUCUAAAUUUGACCUAUUUUUCCGUAGCCUCUUUUCUGUGCCUCUGCUUUACCAUGCAUGGAUGUCUCAUCAAUUCAAGUGAUAUAAUCCUUCUUUCUUUUCCCACCAUGCACGCCACUAUCAUGCUAUCUGGUCACCAUUGUAAUCUUUGGAAGCUUGUCCAUGCCUUUUUAUGUUGUGACAUAUAAUUCUAUAUAAGUUGAAGGUGUAUAUCCAUGCAUGUACACCUCGUAUUUGAAUUGAUGUAGUUUCCAUGCUUGUCCUCUGUUUUUCAGAUUCAUGAAUGGAGCUAUGAUGACUAUACGUAUGCACCCAAGCUAUCAAAGAUUAAAGGAAAAUUGAUACUGCAACAGGAACAAAGCUGGGCCAGUCUGUGCAAGUGGGUGCAAGGACAUGAAUGAGUCUGAGUUAGAAGCAUGUUAAUGUAUCUAAAAGCUGGUGGGAGCCCAAGAGAGGAAGCUAUGAGCUCUGGAAGUUGAGAACUUGGGAGAGAUCACCUCCCCCUAGCCAAUGGAAUCAAGCCCAAGGAAAGGGGGUUAGCCAAACAGCUGGAAUCAGAGUUUCCUAGGUUGAAAGGCGUGGUCGGGGCAUGGCUGCUCUCAUCAAUAACUUCUAUCUAAGAGCUUUGUUUUUGUUCAUCCUUGUAUUUGUCUCCACUCUGGGACAGAGCUUGCUAAGCUGUGAGACCUCCUCCCGGGAUGCUUCUGGCUACUACUGCAAUGGAAAUGGAUCCCAGAAACAGUGUGGGACUUUUGCACUUCUUCGCACCAAUUCCUACUACUCAUCUCUUUUCAAUCUGAGCUUCUACUUAGGGAUUGAUCGGUUCUUGAUUGCAGAAGCAAAUGGCUUCUCUGCUGACACAGAGUUACUUCCAUACAAUCUGCCUUUGUUGAUCCCAAUUGAAUGUAAAUGUAAGGCCGGUUUCUUUCAGGCUGAACUCACUAAAACUACCAUAGAAGGGGAAAGCUUCUUUGGCAUUGCUGAAUCGCUGGAGGGCCUGACCACCUGCAAAGCCAUCCGAGAAAGGAACCCGAGCAUCCAACCAUGGGGUCUUGCAGAUAAAGUCCGGUUGCUAAUCCCAUUGAGAUGUGCCUGCCCAUCAUCAUCUGAACUUAUUCAAGAAACAAAGCUUUUGCUGUCUUAUCCCGUAAGUGAAGGUGAUACGGUUCCUAGCUUAGCCUUCAAGUUCAAUACUACUUCAGAAGCUAUUAUCUCAGCAAACAACAGAUCAGGAGCAACUCUGAGACUAGGAAGCCUAGCACCGGUUUCAUCGCUCCUGAUUCCACUCAGAGAUAAGCCCACCCUUGGUUCCCCUGCGAAGCCUCGUGAGCCGAAUUUGGGUCUUCCAGCAACCAGCAUCCCAGUAAUUAAUCCGCACAAGAAGAAAACAAAAAUGUGGAAGAUUGGAGUUUAUAUUGCAGUUAGUGGGGUUGCAGUUGGAGCAAGCGUUGCCAUUGCUGCAGCCGUCUUGGUGAUCCACUGGAAGCGGAAGAAGCAGAAUGCUUACAAGAUGGGAGAUGUGGAGCUACAACAGCUUGGCUUGAGUGUAAGAACCACCAGUGAGAAAAAAGUCUCGUUUGAGGGAUCCCAAGAUCCUAUCGAUCAGAUCAUCGACUCCACCCCGCAUAAGAUUGUAGUGGAGACAUACACUAUGUUGGAGCUGAGAAAAGCUACAGAGGACUUCAAUUCAAGCAAUCUCAUUGAGGGAUCGGUGUUUCAUGGUCGUCUCAAUGGCAAGAACUUGGCAAUAAAGCAUACACAUCCAGAAGCCAUUUCCAAGAUAGAGUUUGGGCUUUUUCAUGAUGCAAUUCACCAUCAUCCCAACAUAAUGAGGCUGUUAGGGACAUGCUUGAAUGAAGGUCCUGAUUCAUAUUUGAUUUUUGAGUAUGCCAAGAACGGGUCCUUGAAGGACUGGCUGCAUGGUGGGCUGGCAAUGAAGAGCCAAUUCAUUGCCUCCUGCUAUUGUUUCUUGACAUGGAACCAAAGGUUGAGGAUUUGUCUUGAUGUAGCAAUGGCCUUGCAGUACAUGCACCACAUAAUGCACCCCUGCUAUGUUCACCGAAACAUAAAAAGCCGAAACAUCUUCUUAGAUGAAGAGUUCAAUGCUAAGAUUGGGAAUUUUGGCAUGGCAAGAUGUUUUGAAGAUGAUGCUGAAGACUCCCAGCCUUAUUCAACUGCCUCUUGGAGUAAAGGGUAUUUAGCUCCAGAAUAUCUUCACCAGGGUAUAAUCUCCCCAACCCUUGAUAUUUUUGCUUAUGGGGUGGUUUUGCUGGAGGUUUUAUCUGGGAAAACACCCAUAACCAGGGCUGAUGAUAAGGGAGGAGGGAGAGUUUGGCUUCCAGAGAAAAUCAAGUCCAUAUUAGGCUCAGAAAACACAGAGGAGCUCAGAGACUGGAUGGACAGCGCAUUGGGUGAGAAUUAUUCGUUUGAUGCUGCCAUCACAUUGGCCAAUCUUGCAAGAGUUUGCACAGACGAAAAUCCAUGCUCCAGACCCAGUGCUGGGGAAAUUGUUGAAAAGUUAUCAAGAUUGGUGGAACAGCUACCAGAGGGAGAGCAAUUUUCUAUCUGCGAAAGCUCUUCCAAGCCCCUAGUCAAGGCUGCUGCAAACAGCCUAUGAAAACUAUAAACUAUAGACAACCAUCCUCAUACUGAUUCUAGCUUUUGUGUCGCUUAGGAAUUUAUCUAGAGUGUUUGGCUCUUGGUAUCUUCAUAAGGGUAGUGGGGUCCUGUACAUAUGUAAUUAAGAAACUGAAUUGGACACGGUUUAGCUUCAACUCUGUACUCUCUCUCCCCCUGUUUCUCUGUCUGUCUCUGCUUCUGAAAUAAUAAAUGCAGUUCGUACUGAGUUUUAAGGUCA